CUCGGUCUGGUGCUUUGGAUCCGUUUCCAUCGGUCCUUACAGCCGCUCCUCAGACCCCAGCAGCAAAGAUGGUGAAGCAGAUCGAGAGCAAGGCUGCUUUUCAGGAAGCCUUGAACACCGCAGGUGAUAAACUUGUAGUAGUUGACUUCUCAGCCACGUGGUGUGGGCCUUGCAAAAUGAUCAAGCCUUUCUUUCAUUCCCUCUCUGAAAAGUAUUCCAACGUGGUAUUCCUUGAAGUAGAUGUGGAUGACUGUCAGGAUGUUGCUUCAGAGUGUGAAGUCAAAUGCAUGCCAACAUUCCAGUUUUUUAAGAAGGGACAAAAGGUGGGUGAAUUUUCUGGAGCCAAUAAGGAAAAGCUUGAAGCCACCAUUAAUGAAUUAGUCUAAUCAUGUUUUCUGAAAGCAUAACCAGUCAUUGGCUAUUUAAAACUUGUAAUUUUUUUAAUUUACAAAAAAAUAUAAAAUAUGAAGACAUAAACCCAGUUGCCAUCUGCGUGACAAUAAAACAUUGAUUCUAACACU